UUGGACUUUUUGUCUGAAAUUUGAACUUCAAGCAAUCUCAUUUGUGGCUUAGGAACAAAGUAUAAACCAUUAAUGAGCUGCCUGCCCCACUGAGGGGUGUAAAGCUGCAGACUGAGACAAGAAAUGGACCCAGUCGUAAUGAAAAGCAGAAUAACAGUCUACAAAGCGAUGCCUUUCAUUCCCAACAUAGAAUUAGCAUCAAUCUGGGAAAGGGGGGAAACAUGGAAAAAUGGCCAGUUGGAUCUGUACCUGGUUUCAUUUUUUUUUAACUGAAGAAUUAUAAAUUCUCAGAUUGGAGACCCCUAACAAAAGUAUCUUGGGUGUCCGUUAUGUGUCAAGCACAAUACUAAUCAAGGGAUAGUGUAAUAGAGAGAUAAAUGUGUGAAUAAAGACGUGCCAUUCGACGUGUUAAAGAUUUCACGGUCACGGUGCAAAAUAUAGUGGGCAGAUUCGUAGCAACUUGAUCGAUUAAAUGGGUAUUAAGUUACAUUUGACCUCCGGAAGGUACUUCACCUACCACAUGUACACCAGUAAUUCACCAAUCAAUGUUUUACUUACUCUCGAACAUUGAUUAACCCAUUGUUUACCAUUUAUUAGUAACUACUCGUUAUCAUGUUUGUGAUGGAGAACACUAGGGAAGUGUGACCCUGUCCCAGCAAUAGUGAGGACCAAGCCCGUUGACAAAGAAGGGUUUCACUGGCGCACCUAAGGAAUAUCUGAGAACACUUACUCAUCACUCACCUAUCCAUUUCAACUGCAGACAGCAAUGGGUUGUUUCAAAGCUUCACCGAGCCAUUCCUGGAUUUAUCCCACCGUGAUCCUGUGUUUAUUUGGAUUUUUCUCCAUGAUGAGACCCUCAGAACCCUUCUUAGUCCCGUAUUUAUCUGGACCAGAUAAAAACCUGACCAGCUCAGAGAUCACAAAUGAGAUCCUUCCCAUCUGGACAUACUCUUACCUGGCACUGCUGCUCCCAGUGUUCAUCGUCACCGACUACGUCCACUACAAGCCAGUCAUUAUCCUGCAGGGGAUCAGCUUCGUCGUCACCUGGCUGCUGCUUUUGUUUGGCCAGGGAGUGAGGGCCAUGCAGGUUGUAGAGUUCUUCUAUGGGAUGGUCACCGCCACCGAGGUGGCCUACUAUGCCUACAUUUACAGCGUGGUCAGCCCGGAGCACUACCAGAAAGUGAGCGGCUACUGCAGGAGCGUCACCCUGGUGGCCUACACGGUGGCCUCGGUGCUGGCCCAGCUCCUGGUAUCCCUGGCCAGCCUAUCGUACUUUCACCUCAACGUCAUAUCCUUGGCCUCUGUCUGUGUGGCCCUUCUUUCCUCCCUGUUCCUACCGAUGCCUGAGAAGAGCAUGUUUUUUCAUGUACAGCCCAGCAAAGAAGUACAAAAGCCACCAAACAACACCGCAGUGUUAGAUGAAACUUACAAGGUUCCCACACCAGGCAGCGAAGAGAAACCCACUUCAGAAAUACCCACCAUUUCACGGACCCUGGAGGGUCGGCGGGUGAGCAAUCCGGUGCCAAGAAAUGUCGCCUUGAGUGUUUUUGUGCAGUGGUUCCAAGAUUUGAAGGGAUGCUACUCCUCACAUCAUCUUUUUUACUGGUCUCUGUGGUGGGCCUUUUCCACAGCAGGUUUUAACCAAAUUCUGAACUAUGUUCAAAUCCUGUGGGAUUACAAGGCACCAUCCCAAAAUUCUUUCAUCUAUAAUGGGGCAGUAGAAGCUGUUGCAACCUUUGGAGGGGCCGUGGCUGCCUUUGCCGUGGGCUUUGUGAAAGUCAACUGGGAUCUCCUGGGAGAGUUGGCUCUAGCGAUCUUCUCCAUCAUUAGUGCAGGCUCUCUGUUUCUCAUGCAUUACACAACCAACAUCUGGGUAUGCUAUGCUGGCUAUUUAAUAUUCAAGUCCAGCUAUAUGCUUCUUAUAACCAUAGCAGCAUUUCAGAUUGCAGUUAAUCUGAGUGUGGAGCGCUAUGCCCUGGUGUUUGGAAUGAACACCUUCGUGGCCCUGGUGAUCCAGACCAUUAUGACAGUGAUCGUAGUAGAUCAGAAAGGACUCAACCUGCCUAUCAGCAUUCAGUUUUUAGUUUAUGGGAGUUAUUUUGCAGUUAUUGCUGGCAUUUUUCUAAUGAGAAGCAUAUACAUCAUUUGCUCAACCAAGUUCCAAGAACAGCCACAGAGCUCUGCUACAUGUCAGAAUCCAGCUGAGCCCCACCCAGACGGACCCAGGAAUGUCAACAUGGAAACAAAGCUCUAACCUUACGGCAACCACUGCAUCCACUGAGAAAGGACCCGCCUGGUCACAAAGCCACUGAGUAACACAAAAUGACACACUUCCUAAGUCUGGAUUUCAAGGAACCUUUUCAAAACCCCAACAAAAUAUCGGUUUUAGACCAGAUGUCUAUGUGCCCAGCUGGAUGCAUUCACCAGGUCCCAUCACCUCAGUCAAACAGUCCGUGCUGGGGACCCCAGGGAGUAGCAAGGACUGGGAAAUUCUGGUUUUGAUUACUCGUUAGGACAUGCAAAUGGCAUGGAAACAAACCACGAGAAACUCCAGCCAUUCUGGAGUUGAUGUUCCCGACUCCAGAGCAGAAAUACUAACUAGAUUCACCUUGUUGCUUGGCUCACAUCUUUGUUUUAUCUUGCUGAAACUGGCAAGAGAUGGGACAUUUUUUGUCACAUGGCCAUUUUCCUUCUUCUUCUAUUCAGUAUAUUUCUAUAUAGCAUGCAGUUCUCUGAGAGAAUUUCAAGGUUUGGUCCCAUUUCUGAGGAUCCCUCUUCAAUCCCGAUAACAUGGCAUUAUUCACAAGCUGAAAUUUGGUAAUAUCACCAUUUAAUUUGGUCAUGAUUGUUUUUCGCUUUGUGUUCUGCUGAGCUUUGUUGUUAAAAAUCUACCUCAGGAAUAGCUCCAGACGUUCCUGGAUAUCCACAGAAUGACAUUCAAGUCAAUUCCUCGUGACCAUAGGGGAGACAACGAGCUUUCUCCCUACCAUGACCCCAGACAGGUGUUUUAAUGCUGUGUCCGUGUGAUCUCUGUGUAAAACAGAGAAACUUAACUAGAAAUUUCUAGGACUUUUUAAGUACUUUUAAGUAAGAAAAUACUAAUAGGGUGGGGGAAACACCUAAUUUUUAAAGGGCAGUGCUUGUGCCAAAUAAAAUAAUGUGGGCAAAAAUA